UAAAAGUUUGAGGACCCCUGAUCUAUACCUAUCUAGGAAACUAUUUCAGCACACCAUAGGCUUCAUAAGUCUCUAACCACUAAGAAUAACUUCCUCCACUUUUUCCCUUUAGAAAAGUUGUGUAUCUCUUUAACUACUGUCUUCACCUCCCAAAAGGAAUUUAUAAAUGGACCACUACUUUCCCCUUGCUCCUCCUCCUUUCUUUUUAAAAUUCCUUUGUUGUCUGAAGUGGGUUAUUGUAGGUAGAGGAAGGGUUUUUUUUGUUUUGUUUCAGAGAGAUGGUUUCCGUUUGCUUGGAAAGGAGGCCUAGAUAAAAAUCUCAAAUGAGCUCAGCAAAUUCAUAGAUUUAAGAUUUUAAAGUAGAACUGGAAAAAAUAGUUUCUGAGUUAUUAUUCCUUUUUAAAGGGGCAGGAUAAAGGAGAGUUGCUAGUUUGGUUGAUUAAAGCUGAGUAUAGGAAAAGAUAGAUAUGGGGAAGAAUUAAAAACACCAAUAAGUUUUCCCCAAACAAGAGCUUUUUGUUCUAUUUGGCUCCUAAAUUGCAGGUUAAUAGAUCAAUUAAGUAAACAAUGGGAAACAGUUAAACAUUUCUAUACUAAAAAAAGACUGGAUUGUGGACUGAUGUUCUUGGUGGGUUUAUGUCCUCUUGCCUGGCGACCAAGGAGAAAAUUGUCCUCUGUACUUCCUCUUGUUGUUACUUAUUGAUGAGGAAAGAAAUGUUGCAGUUGGUUGUCCAGGCUCUUCAUGUUGAGUUUGGCCAACUUGAUAGACUGCAAGACUUCAAAUGAAAUGUACUAAACUCCACCUGAAUUUCACAAACGUUUAGCAAAUCAUGUCCAACCUGGAGAAAGAAGAACUCUCCAAUGCAAUUAUCCUCUAUCUUAGAAGUCUUGGGAUUCAUGUCCAGCCUUGGAAGAUCAGCUCUAGCGAGGAGAAUCACACGGUGCCUUGUGUAGCUGGUGGUCUGUUUGGUGUCCCACUGCACACACUGCCCAUUUCAAAGCAGGUAGCCGGUGUGCCACAGUUCCUUGCUGAUGCUUGUGAGUUGCUCCGGCCACACCUUCACGUUGAAGGACUUUUCCGGAAAUGUGGAUCAACGACACGCAUCAAGGCUUUAAAGACCCGGUUGGAGGCUGGGGAACGCUGCUUGGAGAUGGCUCUCCCUUGUGAUGUAGCAACUCUAGUAAAGCAGUUCCUGAGAGCCUUGCCUGAGCCCUUGAUCCCAGUCAGCCUUCAGGGGCCCCUCUGCCAGGCCCAGCAACAAGAAGAUAGCAGCGAGGAUAAUCGUUCACUGAUGCUUUUGGUCACCUCACUUCUUCCUCAGAGAAAUGUGGACAUUCUCCGUUACCUCUUCAACUUUCUACAGGAUGUGGCAGCCAGGUGUGCUCAGAAUAAAAUGGAUUUAGGCAACUUGGCUGUUGUCUUUGCACCCAACCUAUUCCUCAGUGAGCCCUGCAGCCAGCUGAACAGCCAAGUGGAGGAGCAGCUGCGAAGCCAGGCCACCGUGGUUCAGACUCUCAUCUCCCACGCUUCUGAGAUUGGUAUUGUCCCCAAGUCUCUCUUGGGAAAAGUGCAAGCUGCAUUUUCUGACCUGGAUGGAAAGAGACAGCCUUCAUCUGAAUCUGAAGGACAGAAAGAGAGCGAAGGGGAAGUAAGGCGGAGGCGGCGGAGGCGCAGUGUGAGCAACUUUGUAACUGAGACCCUGAGCAAAUUCAAGACAAGCCGAUCUCUUUAUGCUGCUCCUUGCCAAGAGAUUAAAACAGGCUCCUCGACUGACAGUACUCUGAGAAUGUCUUUUAAUUCCAAGCGGAAAGCUUCUGAAGAUGUUGCCUGGGCUGCUGAACUUUCAGUCAAGAAGAGGAGAUCGGGCUUGGAUUCACUCAGCUUUGAUACCUUUGUGGAUGAAGCCGGGGACCCAUGUAUUCAACCAAUGUAUUGGGGUUCUGUGCAAGGAAAAGAGGCACUCAGCCCACCAAGCUCAACUGUACAAAUUCAAAGAAAACGGAGCGGCAGCAAGAAAAAACACACUCAGAGAAAACAUCCUGUUCAGACUUCCCCUAGCUCCUCCCCAACCUCUUUUGAGCGAAAGGACACAGGACGCAAAUCCUUACGCAUCUUCUCCCGCCAGAGUAAAGAUCUGGCAGGAGAACCAAGCAGCUGGCUUCUGGUGAAGAAGAUGGUCCCAGAGACUAUUGAAAGUCCCACGUCCCAAGAGAAAUGGGCCCAGCUGCAGUCAUACAGGCUCAGAGAAAGUGCAACAGGCUUUCCAAGACAGUUGGCCAAAGGAAGCAAUUGCCCCGCUAUCUCUAUAAAACCGGAGACUCCACCUGUUGCUGUGAAAUGCAAAAACUGUAAGGUGCCAAGCCCAGGCGUUGAUUAUGUCAUGUCUGGAUGCCAAGAGAUGGGUUUGGAUGACGGGUUUGAAAAAAGAGGGGUAUUGGACAAGGCUGGCUAUUUGGUAAGGAAGACCCAGCCGUUGGCUCCUCCAGCCAAGCAAGACAAACCUAUCCGUCGAUCGAUAAGUUGGUCUGAAGGUCUGUCAAUGAACAUUCCCACCGAAGAAACAGAUUUCUCUCCAGACGAAAUUCCUCUGAAACCUGGACAACAUGAAGCCUUCCCAUUUGACCUACCCGACGCAGCUCAACUCGAUAUGGAAGUCUUAGUGGCUGGCGUGAGGCAGCUGGGCAUCUCUGCUGUGUGUGUAACACCGGUGGAGAGCUGUGAUCCUGGCUGCCCAGAGAAUGGGCCUCGCGAUCCACUUACCUCCACACCAAACCUGUGUGAUAGCCGUAUCCCUCUUGCUGAAGGCCUCUGCCAAAUCAAAGAGGUGCCCAAAAGCCGGCUCAAGUGCCUGACCCUCAAUUUUCAAGCCAGUGAGACAUCCAAAGUUCCCAAACGUAAAGGUGGGCGCCGAUUUGGUCGCUCGAUUAGCCAUGAAAGUGGCUUGCCCUUGCAGGCUGAACAAGAGGCGCCCACAGGGCAGAGUAGCCAUGCCAAGAAGGGGGCCUCUGUUCAGUCUCCCAGAAGCCCCUUGCAGUCCUUCAAGGCUUAUGGGAGGCAAUUUUUUAUAAGCCGCAAACAUAUCAUGAUGUCUUUUGCUGGGCUUCGAGGCAAAAAGGAGGCGCCAUGCCCCCGGGGCACUGAAGGGCCAACUGUGGCCACACCAGAACUAUAACUAGGAAUAUCUGUGAGAAGGAAAACAAUCAAAGGUAAAUAAAAUAAGAUUGUAAUAAUGGUCUCCCAGACUCUGCCCUUGGGUGAUCGUUGUCAAUAAUUUAAAAAACCAGAUGUGUAGGAAAACCUGCCCCAAUGUACUCAGCCUUUUUGCCUGCUGGGAGUAGAGUUCUAUUUCUGGCUGCUAUUACAGGUGGAACGUUUAAUUUGCACAGUCCAACUUCAUUGCAUUUCUUUGUAGCUUUUUGGCACAAUUUCAAGUAGCUCAAAUUUAUAAGGGGGUUAGGUUUCUGGAAAGAAAAGUGCUGGUAACAGCUAUUCUGUCCCUUAAGAUGAGACUGAUGUUGGUUUUGGUCUCCUAGCCUUCGCAUAGUCCAUUCUGUUGCCCUUAAAUCCACCUUAAGUCCAUCCUCUCUUUUUCCUGCCAUUUCACCUUGUGCUCGUGCACAACAUCAGUGUCUUCUAGCAAACCAUAUUUUGAUUAUAGAUGUUUAAAAAUGAUGUGUUUAGUCAUCCUUCUGUCAUCCUGCCCUCCAUCCAAAUAAGCUACCUCUACUGGCCUUGAAUGACCAGGCCUGUGUAUUUUUGUUUUGAAAUAUUUGAAUUAUUGUCCUCAAUAUUAUUAUUUUGCCAUUGGGUAUAUGAUUUACAGCCAGCAGAGCCUGAAUAUGAGAAGAUGUUUGGCUUCUCAAACCUGUUUUGGACUUGAGGUUUAUAGCAAAAGUAAAAGGGAAUAUAGUUUGGCUAUCAACUGUUGUGACAUGUAUUCUACCCCAAAUUACGGUGGUCACGAAAGGGAUACUAAGACACAAAUAUAAAUUGAUAUAUUAUGCAUAUGACAGAAUAAUUUUUCUCAAACUUGGUGUUCUCUAUAUGUGUUGCACCACAAUGAAUGCAAGCUAUUGUCCAAUAAAACUGAUGGACACCAGCAGGUGGGAAAAAAUGGAUCAUUCCUGUUUGGUCUGGAUGAUGUUUGUAUGCACCUCAUUUCUUCAAUCCUCCUUUAGAAAGAUGUCAAGUGCCCUGUCGUUUCUAAUAUACCCCAUAAUGAUUUUAUAAUGAUUGUUGUGUUUGCCUCUCAUGUGCCUUUUCUUAAUCUUAUCACAAAAUAAUUAAAAGCAAGAAAUAUCAA